AGAGAGAUAGUAUGUUUUUCACACAUUUCAGUCAAGAAGACUUGAGACCCUCUUAUUUUGAAAUGUUCGCUCAAGAAAGACUUUUACCAACUCUUAAACCAGCAUUGCGUUUUGUGCUUCAAGUUUUUGCCCAGAGACACUCAAGUCUAGUGCCAGUGGCUAUGAAAAGUGAUGAAUUGUUUACCCUGUUGCACUUUUUAUUGGAAUUAAAUAGUCUUAGAAAGAAUCAAGCGUCUUGCGCUGAAGCUUUCUAUGGUUUGCGAAGAGGACAUACAUUUUCUGCUCGCGAGGCGUCAAAUAUAGUUGAACAAGGGCCGCUAUCCAGAAAUGAAGUUAUUUCCAGUCUCUUCUGCCUGGUGUUCGUUCCAUACAUAAAACAAAAACUAGAUAACAUAUAUGAAGAGGCUUCAGGAAGUGCGCUUGCAGAUAUGUUUACAGGCUUUCGUGCAGUGGGCUCUCAACAGGAAUCGGUUAUCAAAAACUUGUUUGUUCAGAUAUAUCCAACUUUUCAUGCCUUAUACCAACUGUGGUUUUUCCUUCAACAGCUCCUUUUUCUAUUAGGAAAAACAAAGUUUUAUUCGCCUUUACUUCGCUUACAAGGCAUUGUGAUUCGAAGAUUAACUUCAGAGGAACUAAGAGCAACGCCAAGUUACGAUGCUUCCAAUUCAUCCUCAAAAUUGGUUGGUUUCGUGGAUAAGUUGAUCCACUUACUGAAGAUUACAGCCAUUGGAGGAGUAUUUGCAUUCAAGUUUUUGGAAUGGUUGGUUUCUGCAGAGAACAAGCUGCCCAAAAAUGCCGGCUUUGUUCCUUCUCCACCAGUACCUCUUCGACCUUCCAGUAAGGGCAUUUCGUUGCCAGCGGAUAGAACUCUUUGUCCUCUUUGUCACCAACCUAGAAGAAAUCCUGCUGUCUGUGUUUCUUCUGGUUAUGUAUUCUGCUAUCAGUGCCUCUUUACAUUUGUAGAGAGGGAGUCCCAGUGUCCAGUAACAAAGAUGCCAUCGACCAUUCAUGAUAUUCAACGACUGUUUCACGAGCAGAACAUGUAAAUAAAGUUAUUGAUAGAAACUGUAGUUGUUGGAAGUUUACAAUUCAUCAAACAGCACACAAUAUUCCAUUUCCAACGAAUAUUUCUCAGCCGCAGAAAUGAAAGACUUGGCGUCGAGUGGAUUCUUCGUU